CGGCGCGUGCAACAUCCAAACAUCCAGUAGGCGUUCAGCCUCCGAGCGGAUAACACUGCGUUGUUGUAGUUCUUGGAGUCCCAGCGAUACGAUUACACACCACCCACUAAAACACACACUCAUUAAACAAAAUACCAGAGGAGAAACCUUACUAAAUACCAGACACCAGAUAAAAGACAACAUCAAGCUGAAUACGGAUUGAAAAUUCGAAAAAAAAAACCUAAAUUUAAAUUGAAACAAAGCAAGCGAAACGUUUUUGAAAAGCGAAGCGGAAAAGGAGAAAAUCCAAGGUAAACAACAAAAACAACAACAACGAAGUAAAAGGCCUUCGAAACGAUAGAAGGGUCUAUUUCUUUUCUUGAGCUUGACAUAUCAAUCGGCAGGAAGAUGGAAUGACCAGAGUUUGCUUAGUUGGCCACCCGGAAAAUGCUGCCACAGCCAGCGGCAGCAGCGGCAACAGCAACUCAAUCAGCAACAUCAGUAGCAGCAACAUCAGCGGCAGCAGCAGCAGCAACAUCAGCAGCUAGGAAUGGCCAGCGACGUCGCGUGGCAGCAGCAACAGAAGGCUGCAACAGCAACACCAGCAACAUUGGCAAUAGCAGCACCAGCAACACCGGCAACAUUAGCAGCAACAUCAGCAGCAACACCAACAGAUUAAGUCAAAUGCAUUCCAACGAAGAGCCGCCCAUGACGGUGAUCGUCGAUGGGGGCAGUGGCGGUGGCGGUGGCGGUGUUGGCAGCAAUGUAUCCGUUUCCGGUGCUUCAGCGACUGGCCAUCGGCGGGGUAGCCAAAGGUUGCGGAAAACCAGUUCCUCCAGUGCCAAUGCCAAUGCCAAUGCCAAGUCUUCAGCGAAUCCAGCGACAAUAGCGGGGAACAGCAACGGUCAAAGGUCAUCGCAUCGCCAAACAUCGAAUGCCUCGGGCUCGGAAAGAGAUGGCAGUAGCAGGCGGCGUUAUCAGGGAAAGGAUCGCCAUGAUCGUCAGGAUCGCUCUGAACGCCAUGAUCGACAGGAUCAUCAUGAUCGCCAUGAUCGCCAUGAUCGACAGGAUCGCCAGGAUCGUCGAGAGCGGCAGGAGCCUCGUCGGCGAACGGGACGUCGGCACAGUGGAGCCUCCUCGAUGAGCGAUGCUGCCAAUGCCGCCGCCGGAAGGUCGAGGGGCGGCGGAGCGGUCAGCUCCUCGACCGCCUCCAGUUGCAACGGCAGCUGCAGCUCCGACGAUGGCGACUCCUCGCACACCUCGUCCUCCAGUUCGUCCAGUUCGUCCGGCGAACCGAAUCUUCCCUAUCCGGGAUUCCCCGAGAUCUCCAUGAAGGCACUGACGCAGUACACCCGGCCACGCAACUGGUGCCUGAUGCUCAUCACCAAUCCAUGGUUCGAGCGCGUCUCCAUCCUGGUCAUCCUGCUCAACUGCAUCACCCUCGGAAUGUAUCAGCCCUGCGUGGACGACGCCUGUGUCACGAACCGCUGUAAGAUCCUUCAGAUCUUCGACGACAUCAUCUUUGCUUUCUUUGCCCUCGAGAUGACCAUCAAGAUGGUGGCCAUGGGCAUGUGCGGCAAGAAUACCUACCUGGCGGACUCGUGGAAUCGCCUGGACUUCUUUAUCGUGCUGGCGGGUCUGCUGGAGUAUGUGAUGCAUGUGGAGAACCUGAAUCUGACUGCCAUCCGAACGAUUCGUGUGCUGCGUCCCCUGCGGGCCAUCAAUCGAAUACCGAGCAUGCGAAUACUGGUGAUGCUCCUGCUGGACACUCUACCCAUGUUGGGCAAUGUCCUGCUGCUCUGCUUCUUUGUGUUCUUCAUUUUCGGGAUCAUCGGAGUCCAGCUGUGGGAGGGUAUCCUGCACCAGCGCUGCAGCUUGGACACGCCCACUGGCACGGUCUAUCCCCUCACGCUACCUGAAGUGUACAGAGUUCGAGUCCGUGUUAACUCCCUGUCGCAGUACUACGAGUUCUCCAAGGAUCAGGACUAUAUCUGCUCCACGCCCAACGAUUCGGGGAUGCAUCUUUGUGGGAACUUUCCGCCCUAUCGCGUUGGUUCGAUGGUCUGCAAUGAGGAGGCCAAGCUGUCCGACUUCAAUGAGCCGACGAACACGUCCUGCGUCAAUUGGAACCAGUACUAUACCACCUGCAAGCAGAGCGGCGAGAAUCCCUUUCAGGGCACGAUUUCGUUCGACAACAUCGGCAUGGCCUGGGUGGCCAUAUUCCUGGUCAUCUCGCUGGAGGGCUGGACAGACAUAAUGUAUUACGUGCAGGAUGCGCACAGCUUUUGGGAUUGGAUAUACUUUGUGCUGCUGAUUGUGAUUGGUUCGUUUUUCAUGAUCAACCUGUGCCUGGUCGUCAUCGCCACGCAAUUCUCGGAGACGAAGAAACGCGAAAUGGAGCGGAUGCGACAGGAGAGGGCUCGGUACACCUCCACAUCGACCUUGGCCAGCAGCACAAACAACUCGGAACCGGCCACCUGCUACGCGGAGAUCGUCAAAUAUAUCGCCCAUCUGUGGCGCCGCUUCAAGAGACGAAUGUUAAAGAAGUACCAGCGACAACAGCGCAAGGAGGGCCUUCUGCCCAAUGCCGACAAUUUGACCUUCUCGCCGUCGCGGAUCAAGUGCCAUCAUCCCAAGUGCCCCAAGUACAGUAAUCGCAAGCCGUCCAGCAUUCAGGAUCAGAUGAUUACCGUAAUGGUGCCGCUCAAUUCGGCAAACAAUAACAAUAACAACAACAGCACGAGUAGCAACCACAACGGCAGUGGCAACAACAGCAACAAUAUUAACAAUAAUGCAGCCAGUUGCACCACAGUGGCUCUAGUCAAUGGAAUAAAUGGUAGUGCCGCCAGUGUAACAAUGUCUUCGGCCCACCACCAGCAACAUCAGUUGCUGCAUCAGCAGCAGCAACAACAGCAGCAUCAUCAUCAGCAACAGCUGCAGCAGCAACAACACUCUUCCUCCGACAACACAGAGCAAUCGCUGGGCGCAGAUGGAUUACCUCGAGGUUCCUCGCUUAAAAAGUCCACCGCCCAUCAUCAGUUGAAACCCGAAGGCAGUGCUGCCGAGCAAAAGACCAUAUUGCUCAAGUUUCCGCAGCAAAUGAUUGAUUCCGAACAGCUAAUUCUGCAGUUGGGAAAUUUAGGCAAGAGCCACCCGUGCACCUCUGGAUUCCUCAGUCCACCCACCUCGGCCAGUCGCCGACCAUCGGUGAUGUUCAACGAGUAUGUACUGCUGCACACGCCCCCCGCCCUCAAUGCUGAUCCGGCGGCGUCGGGUACCACCUCGACGGUCCCCACCACAGUUGCCACCGUUGCAGGAACUGCGGCAGCGGCGGCGGCGAAUGCCGGUGGCAGCAACAACAGUUCCGGACUUAAUAGCCACCAGAAUGGUGCCAGUGGAGGAGGUGCUUCAGGUGCCGGCGGAGCCACUGAGAAAAGCAACAUCUUUUCCACGGAGAAGAUGACCCAGGCCGGCGAUGGCAGCAUCUGGCAGGUGAAUUUACCGCAGACUAUCGGCACAAUUGCCAAUCCCUAUGCCGAUUGCUCUGAACUUGGUAUACACGAUGCGAUGACUUGUCAAGAGCUCUUAGCAUUCUCUGUGGCCUUUUCGGCGGCCUUGCCGACAGGUCAGAGUACGCUAGAGUCAUUCUACACAUCGCUGGCCCGCUGCGAUCCGCACACUGCCGAGGCGUUGCGAGCGCAUCACAAGCCACGCUCCCUGGCGACAGGACAAAACCAAACGCCGUCGCCGGGUGCCGAAGGAGCCACUGUGAUGGUUGCCUCAACGGCCGGCGAUCCGGGGCAGACACUCGAACCCUCGACCGUGUCGGCUGUGGUGGGUCCUAUCGGCACCCAGACAGCGAACCACCGCCGCAAGGAGCACCAACAGCAGUCUCAUGGAUCGCACCACCAUCACAAUAAUAACAAUACCACCAGUCACAGCCGAAACUAUCGCUCACGGCAGGGGCAGGGUAACUCGCGAGUGCGAGAAUCUCGUACUCCCACCGGCAACUAUAUGGAGGACUAUGCCUGUUGCUACGAUCUCUACCAGAACGCCCUGUCGCCACUGGACGAACGGCCCAGGCAGAGAUCGCCGACGACCCGCUGUCUGAUCGCCGUCUAUCGCUGCCUGUCGCGCGUCUGCAGUUGGGCCCGUCGCUACAUCCGGCGAUUGGUGGAGCACAAGUACUUCCAGCAGGGCAUCCUGCUGGCCAUCCUGAUCAACACCCUGUCCAUGGGCAUAGAGUACCACAACCAGCCGCCGGAACUGACCGCCAUUGUUGAGACGAGCAACGUCGUCUUUUCGGGCAUCUUUGCCGUUGAGAUGUUGCUAAAGGUGGUGGCCGAGGGUCCGUUUCGCUAUAUAGCCAAUGGGUUCAAUGUCUUUGAUGGCAUCAUUGUGAUUCUCAGUGCCAUUGAGAUCUGCCAGACGUUCAUGGGUAAUGGAACGGGGGGCGGUGGCUCCGGUCUGUCCGUACUGCGGACCUUCCGGUUGCUCCGAAUCCUAAAGCUGGUCCGCUUCAUGCCCAACCUGCGACGCCAGCUAUUUGUGAUGCUGCGCACCAUGGACAACGUGGCCGUCUUCUUUUCCUUGCUCGUUUUGUUCAUCUUCAUCUUCAGCAUACUCGGCAUGUAUCUGUUUGGCGGUAAGUUUUGUAAAUUUUUGGACGAAUCCGGACUCGAACGCGAGUGCACGUGUCCCGAAAUAAUCAGCCGGCAUCCGCAAUGCGAGUGCGAUCGCAAACACUUCAACAACAUUUUGUGGGCCACAGUCACAGUAUUCCAAAUUCUGACGCAAGAGGAUUGGAACGUCGUCCUGUUCAACGGAAUGGAAAAGACAAGUCAUUGGGCCGCAUUGUACUUUGUGGCCCUAAUGACGUUCGGCAAUUAUGUGCUAUUUAAUUUAUUGGUGGCCAUUUUGGUUGAGGGAUUCAGUUCAGAGCGAAAUGAACGUCGCGAGCGCGAACAGCGCGAGUUGGUUAAGAAACUGCGCGAGGAGACGCUGGCCGAGAACUACAGCGAUGGUAUGUACGAUGAGUCGCGCAGCGAGGCGGACUCCUCGACCACCAACGAUAGUUACUACGAGGUGCGCAACCGCUGGCGAUCGGCGGAGGAUGUGCGCAAGCUGCAGGACUCCGCGGAGCUGAUCAUCGAGGCCAAAAGUAACAUGCACCGCCAGCGCCUGCUGCAGCCCACCCACGACUACCAGAUCAACGAGCUGCCCGCCUCGUCUGCCGUCGGCCCAUCCGCUGGCGGCACCUCUGGUCUCCCGCUCGACAGGGAUAGAGAUAGAGACAGAGAGCGGGACAGAGACAGAGACAGAGACAGAGACAGGGAGGCGGGCGGCGGUGGCAAGGAGGAGGGAGGGGCGCAGCAUGCCAAGCCGCGCGGCGGCCUCAAAAAGACAUACUCGAUCAAGGAGCGGCGCAGCGAGGCGCCACGCCUCUCAAAAAUCCGGCUCGUCCGGGAUCCGCCCAUCAUCACGACAACGGCGGCCACGCCGCAGGAUUCGCCCAGCACCACUUUGGAGCCGGGCAUGAGCUUUCGCCAGUGGGGCGACAUGGAGCCACCCAGUCCGCCCUCUCCCUCGCUUUUGCGACCGCCGAACAUCUUCACCGGCGGACAGCGAAGUCUGGACGAGGGCAUACCCUCCAUCGAUCUCAUCCCGCCCUCGCCAGUUCUGGCCCACAAGCCCCUCAACAUCCUCAAUGCCAGCCAGUUGGGCAUGGGAGUGGGCGUGAGCGUGGGUGGUGUCGGCAGCACCGCUGGCAGCUCGGCCAGCAUGCACAGCGUGAUCAUCGACGAUAUCUCGAAGAGUUCCAGCACGACGGCGGCGGCCACGCCCAUCUAUGUGCCCACCAUCUCGUCCUCGGCGGAGGCGCAGAGUCAGAGUCACAGUUUAAACGAUGUGAGUGUGGGUUCCGGGCCGGGUGGCGAGAUGCCGGUGGUGGCAGGAAUUGGUAGGAGUGCCAACACGACGGGGGCCUCAACCAGUGGCAGUUCCUCCAGCGAACGCCUGCCCCUGGCCCCGUCCCUGCAACAGGGCAGUUUCAAGCAGCGAUUGAGGCGGGGCAGCUCCAAGAAGCGACGAUCCUCCGCUUUGGCCCUGGCCACCGAGGAUAAUCCGGCUCGAAGGACCCAGGAGGAGGAGGAGCAGCAGCCGCAACAGCAGCAGCAGCUGAACAAUGACAACGACAGCAGCUUUUUGCUGAGAGGUGGCAACGCUGUGGUCAGCAGCGGUCCCUCCUCGGGCGCCAAGGAAACGAAUCGCCUGAGCCCACAGAACUCGAUACGGAGGCUAUCGAAUACCCUCAGCAUAGGCAGCGCGCCCAUGUACCCGGGCAGUCGUCGGGCCUCGGCAUGCAUAUUCAACUCUCAGGUGUAUCAAAAUCUGAACCAGCCGCCCAAGCCCAAGCUGCGCCCGGGACCCGGCCAACGCAGGAUGAGCUCCAUCGAGCUGGCCUUCAGCAAGACCUCACAUCUGAAUCUGCACAACCUGGAGGCCAACCGCAAGUCACUCUCGUACACGAACUCCAAGAUGGACCUGGACAAGUGGAACAAGUCGUACGGCAAUCUCAACGAGCCGGACAACAUGCUGCAGCAGUACAUGGAGGCGCGGGACAAGCGCAAGAACUCCAUAAGCCACUACAACCUGAAGAAGCGGCUCGAGGAGAAGGAGCUGCAGCAGCUGCAGCAGCUCCACCAGCAGCAGCUGCUCCAGCAACGGCAGGACUCCUUCUCCUCGACCACCCAGCAGCAGCAGCAGCACCGCUUGUCCAAGGACCACCAGCAGCAGCAGCUGGCGAUGCAGCCACAUUCCAUCAUGCCAGGAGGCGGCGAGCGCUACUCGAAGCUCAAGAUGCUCAUCGAGCAGCUGACGCCCAAGCACUUUACCACCGAGCGCGAGGACUACUCGCUCUACAUAUUCCCCGAGGAUAACAGGUUCCGGCAAAUCUGUACGUGGUUUGUCAACCAAAAGUGGUUCGACAACGUGGUCCUGCUAUUUAUCGCGCUCAACUGUAUCACCCUGGCCAUGGAAAGACCAAACAUCCCUCCAAGCAGCACCGAAAGAUUGUUUCUGGCAACAGCCAAUUACGUGUUCACAGUCGUCUUUAGCGUCGAAAUGUUCAUCAAGGUGGUGGCCACGGGAAUGUUUUACGGCCAAGACGCCUACUUCACGUCCGGCUGGAAUAUCAUGGACGGAUCUUUGGUUACCAUUUCCAUAAUUGAUUUGUUAAUGUCCCUGAUUAGCGAAUCGAGUCCGAGGAUAUUUGGGAUUUUAAGGGUGUUUCGACUACUCCGAUCCUUGCGGCCGCUGCGGGUGAUCAACCGAGCCCCGGGUCUGAAACUAGUCGUGCAAACGCUCUUAUCGUCCCUGCGUCCCAUCGGCAACAUCGUCCUGAUCUGCUGCACCUUCUUCAUUAUCUUCGGCAUCCUUGGCGUGCAGCUGUUCAAGGGCACCUUCUACUACUGCGAGGGCGAGAACAUCAAGGGCGUGCGGAAUGCGGACGAGUGCCGCCGUAUUCCAGGCAACGUGUGGACCAACCGCAAGUACAACUUUGACGAUCUGGGCAAGGCACUGAUGUCCCUGUUCGUCCUGAGUUCGCGCGACGGUUGGGUGAACAUCAUGUAUACGGGUCUGGACGCCGUCGGCGUGGACCAACAGCCCAUUGUGAACUACAACGAGUGGCGGCUGCUGUACUUCAUAGCCUUCAUCCUUCUGGUGGGCUUCUUCGUCCUGAACAUGUUCGUGGGCGUGGUGGUGGAGAACUUCCAUCGAUGUCGCGAGGAGCAGGAGAAGGAGGAGAAGAUUCGGCGCGCCGCGAAGCGUGCUCUUCAGAUGGAGAAGAAGCGGCGUAGGAUGCACGAGCCGCCGUACUACACCAACUACUCGCCCACCCGCAUGUUCGUGCACAAUGUGGUGACCUCAAAGUACUUCGAUCUGGCCAUUGCGGCGGUGAUCGGCCUGAACGUGGUCACCAUGGCCAUGGAGUACUACAAGAUGCCCAAUCCGCUGAAGUACGCGCUGAAGAUCUUCAACUACUUCUUCACGGCGGUGUUCAUACUGGAGGCGAACAUGAAGCUGGUGGCCCUGGGCUGGAAGCUCUACCUGAAGGACCGCUGGAACCAGCUGGACGUGGGCAUCGUCCUGCUCUCCAUCGUGGGCAUUGUGCUGGAGGAGCUGGAGACGAACAUCAUACCCAUCAAUCCGACCAUCAUCCGCGUGAUGCGUGUGCUGCGCAUUGCCCGCGUGCUGAAGCUGCUCAAAAUGGCCAAGGGCAUACGCGCCCUGCUGGACACCGUGAUGCAGGCCCUGCCCCAGGUGGGCAACCUGGGCCUCCUCUUCUUCCUGCUGUUCUUCAUCUUCGCGGCGCUGGGCGUGGAGCUGUUUGGGCGACUCGAGUGCUCCGACGAGAUACCCUGCCAGGGAUUGGGCGAGCACGCGCACUUCGCCAACUUUGGCAUGGCUUUCCUCACAUUGUUUCGCGUAGCGACUGGCGACAAUUGGAACGGCAUCAUGAAGGACACGCUGAGGGAUAAUUGCGAUGACGCGGCCGAUUGCGUGCGCAAUUGCUGCGUCAGCUCGGUUAUUGCUCCCAUAUUCUUUGUGAUAUUCGUGCUGAUGGCGCAAUUCGUGUUAGUGAACGUCGUCGUGGCUGUACUGAUGAAACACCUCGAGGAGAGCCACAAGCAAAUGGAAGACGAGCUCGACAUGGAGGUGGAGCUCGAGCGCGAGCUGGUGCGCGAGCAGGAGUUCGCCCAGGAGCAAAAGUUGUGCCAGCAGCUGGCGGAGGCGCAAUCGAAGGCGGCCGCUCCCCCGCGCCCCCUGGCCAAGGUCAAAUCGCUGCCGAAGAACUUCAUCUACAGUACGCCCUCGCUGGACAAGAAGUUUCCACCGCCUGUUCAGUCCAUUGGCGGCGGCAAUCCCAGUUCGAGCCUGACCAGUUCGGCGGCCACCAAUCUAAAUCAAGUGGCCGCUGGGGGUGCGGUAUCGUUGGGAGCGGUAUCUGCGGGAGCGGUAUCUGCGGCAUCUGCGGCAUCUGGAGCUGGACAACGUAGGCAGACCGUUCAGUACUACCAGCAGCCACCACAAUCCAUGCUCGGCUUGAGUCUCGCCGAGAUGGGCGGCACGCUGACGCCUCAGGCGCUCGGCGCCCGGCUGGGCGAGCCCUUCGGCGGCCCAGCGACGUCGGCGGGAGGCGGUGGAACGGGCGAACCGCUGGCUGUGGGCGUGGCCGGCCUCCCGCUGCCGCCGCUGGACAAUCGCCGCCGCGGGCGACGCGCCUCCGCGGCCGCCGGCUUCCGCAAGCGCGGCGUGCUGUCCAAGGAGCGCUCAUUAGACGAGCAGGCCAUCCGUCGGCGGAACCUGGAGGCCAAGCGCACCAGCUGCGACUCGCUGCCCUGGGGCGGAGAUGCCCUCGACUGCCGCAGGGGCACUAUCUUCGAGAGCCUCGAGUCGGACGGGGGUGGGGGCGGUGUUGCGUACGACAUACGGAGCACGCGGAGUGCCGAUGUGGGGCACUUGGAUGCGGCGUCGCCCAAUCAGGAUGUCAGCUCGCUGGCGGUGGUCAGUUCCCUGGUGCCCGCCCUGGUCAGCCCCCUGCCCACGCCCCUGUCCCUGCCCCUGCCCCUGCCCCUAGCUUCGCCCACGCCCAUGCCCAUGGCCCUGCAUCCUAUGCAUCCGCCACCGCGCAGACCCUUCGGCUGGUCACAGUCCGUGGACCAGGGUUGUCUGCGGAGCAGCCUGCUGCUCUCCGUGCCCAGAUCCAUGCCGCCGCGCAGUCGCAGUGGCAGCACCAAGCAGCUCUUCAAGCAGCAGGCCUUGGACGAGGAUGCCGACAUGGACGAGAGCUCGCUGCUGCUGCCCACCACUGCUGGAGGAGGAUCUGCAUCGGGAUCGGGAGGUCCGCUCACUGCCUCCAGUUCGCUGGACAUCCCAGAGCCAAGUAGUGGUAGCAGUAUCUGCAAGCCGCUGCAGGAUGUCACUACGUUGCCGAAUGUGGGGGUCAGCAAAUCUGACUCCUCCGACAUCCUGCGCAUCAUCAGCGAGCGCAGGCGCAUGGAUCAGCGGGAGCAGAGGGAGCCGGAUCAGGACCAGGACCUGGAUCAGGACCACGAGGACAGGGAGGACAGGGACAGCGACUACAAGGAACUGCUCCUGGUCAAGUCGCCACAGUCCUCCAUGGACUAGACCAUGUCAGCACACACACACACACACACACACACAUGCCACACUCUCCAGAUCUUUAACAGUAGCUAACUCUAACUCUAGGGCCAGGUUUGCACUGAAAACAAUUGCGGCCGAGCUGAUUAUUAGCUAGGAUAGAUAGUCCUUACUGUGAGUUUUUCCACCGGAGAUCUCUAAGAGGCUGUCCCCACAUAUUUAACAACUCUUUUGUGCAAACCUGGUCGCCAUUAAAGAAUACUUUAGGGAAUUUUCUAAAAACCACAACUUUAACAUUAUACAUUAGGCAUAAAGAUCUAAGAGUGUGAUGAGAAGAAAACACAAGUAUCGCGUUAUUCGAUAGCCAUAACACUAUAAAUGAUUAAUGAGCUAAAUGGUAAAUGGUAAAUGUUAAACUUUUAGCCACAAAAACGAAAAUUAAACAAACCAGUAAAAUAAAAUUGAAAACAACGUUAAGUAAAGCAAAGAAAAGAAAUGCUAGUAAGCUAAAUUGUCAACUGUUUUUAGUGCAAUCCUACGGUUUUCAUAACUUUAACAAGCAGAACUUAUAAGAAAAAACUUAAAAACUAAAAAACUACAAGAUCGCGAAAGUAAAUAGCUAAGUUUCAAGUUGAUUAGAGUGUUUUCCGUUUAAAAGUAGCUGUCGAAAACGAAGAUUACCCAGACGAUGAUGGAUUAUAUACAAGUGUUAUAUGCGAUUUACAUAUAUACAGUUAUAUUAUUAUACUUAUAGGGAUACUGCAUUCGAAACAAAAAUGAUGGAAAUUUGUGAACAAAGAAUCAUCAACUCUGUGAUUAGCUCUUAAAGUUUAAACGUUUAUAUGAGAAGCCAUGCAGACACCAAAAACGAUAAAAAAAGAAGGAGAAAGAAAAA